CUGUGCUCCAGAAGUCCCUCCGACCCUCAGCUGCUGUCAGACCAACGGAGCCAUGCUGCUGCUGAAGCUGUGCGGCUGGAUCCUGGCCCCCCUGUGGGGCUCUCACCUGUGUUGGGCUUUUGUCUUUGGGCGACCCAAGCGUUCAGGAGAAGAUGGGACUGCAGCCAGGGCAGAGGCACGCUCCGGGGUCCAGUACAUACCAACCUCUGGCUCCUGCAGGAACCGCUGCUUUGAGCUGCUGGAGGCGGAGCCCCCAAACUGUCGCUGUGACAACCUGUGCAGGACAUACAACAGCUGCUGCUCCGACUUCAGCACCCUCUGCCUGCGGACAGAGGGUGGCUAUGAAUGCAGCAAGGAUCGAUGUGGCGAGACCCGAAACGAGCAGCAUGCCUGCCACUGCUCCGAUGACUGCCUUGCCAGAGGAGACUGCUGCACCAACUACAAGAAACUCUGCAGAGGAGAAACUCCAUGGCUGCAGGAUGACUGUGAGGAAAUCAAGGCCCCUGAGUGUCCUGCCGGGUUUGUGCGUCCACCGCUCAUCAUCCUAUCGGUGGAUGGCUUUAGAGCUUCCUACGUGAAGAGAGGGAACGCUGUCAUGCCCAACAUUGAAAAACUCCGAACCUGUGGGACCCAUGCCCCCUACAUGAGGCCUGUUUAUCCCACUAAAACCUUCCCCAACCUCUACUCAAUAGCAACUGGUCUGUAUCCAGAGUCUCAUGGCAUCGUUGGGAACUCCAUGUAUGAUCCAAUAUUUGAUGCAACAUUUAACCUGAGGAGCAAAGAGAAACUGAACCAUCGCUGGUGGGGAGGACAGCCGAUCUGGAUCACAGCCCUCAGACAGGGACUGAAAGCUGCCACCUUCUUCUGGCCUGUGGCCAUUCCUCUGGAGAGGAGGAUCCUGACCCUGCUGCAGUGGCUCCACCUCCCUGAAUCCCACAGGCCCGACGUUUAUGCCAUGCACUCUGAGCAGCCGGACACCUAUGGACACAAAGUGGGCCCAACCAGCACAGAUUUGAACAAUCCUCUGAGGAUGGUCGACCGGAUCGUGGGCCAGCUGAUGGACGGACUCAAACAGAUGAAACUGCACCGGUGUGUCAACAUCAUCCUGGUGGGAGACCACGGUAUGGAAGAGGCUCACUGCGAGCGAACAGAGUUCCUUAGUAACUACCUGAGCACAGUGGAAGACAUUAUCCUGAUACCCGGCUCUCUUGGCAGAAUCCGCUCCAGAUUUCCCAGCAGCCUCAGAUAUGAUCCCAGGGCUGUAGUUGCCAAUCUAACGUGUCGGAGGCCAGAGCAGCACUUUAAGCCAUAUCUGAAACAGCAUCUGCCCAAAAGACUGCACUAUGCCAACAAUCGGCGGAUUGAGGACAUUCACCUGCUGGUAGACAGGAAGUGGCAUAUAGCCAGGAAGGUCCCUGAGGGGAGAAGGCCCUGCGGCUUCUCAGGAGACCAUGGAUACGACAAUAAGAUCAACAGUAUGCAGACUAUUUUCCUGGGCUACGGACCCAACUUUAAAUUCAAGACCAAAGUUCCUGCCUUUGAAAACAUUGAGCUUUAUAAUGUCAUGUGUGAUCUCCUGGGUCUGAAACCGGCUCCUAACAACGGAACCCAUGGGAGUCUGAACCACCUGCUGAGAAACCCCCCCUUUAGGCCCACCGUGCCAGGGGAGGUGUCCCGGCCGUCUGCAUCCAAUCUGGUUCCUCUGGUGACCGAUGACCUGGGCUGCAGUUGUGAUGAAAAGUUGCGUGUAAAAAGUAGAGGCCAGAGAGGUUUAAAGGUGACCCUUGUCCGAGGCUAUAACCUGGAGUCACUCUGGCUCUGUCUCUUACAGAACAAAGUGGAGGAGCUAAACCGGCGUUUGAGGCAAGCAAUUGAUGACAGCAGGAACCUGCCCCACGGACGCCCUGCUGUCCUCUUCAGGGCCAAAUACAGCGUCCUCCAUCACAGCGACUACAUCAGCGGAUACAGCGAGACUCUCCUCAUGCCGCUCUGGACGUCCUACACUGUCAGCAUACAGGUAGAGUCGUCUCCUCUGCCUGAAGCUCUGACCAACUGCCUCAGGCUGGACACCCGAGUCCCGCCUGCCUCCAGCCAGUCCUGCUCCACAUACAGAGCAGAGAGACACGUGACGUACGCGUUCCUCUACCCGCCACAACUGUCCUCAACGCUGGAGAAGAAGCAGGAAGCCGUCCUCGUCACCAACACUGCGCCCAUGUAUCCUGCCUUUAAGAGGAUAUGGACCUACAUCCAGAGGGCACUGGUGAAAAAAUACGCCACAGAGAGAAACGGAGUCAACGUUCUGGUUGGACCGAUAUUUGACCACAACUAUGAUGGAGUCAGAGACUCGGCGGAGACCAUCAGAGACUGGUCCAGUGGAACCAUCGCCAUCCCAUCCCAUUACUUCCUGGUUCUGACCAGCUGCCUGGACUUCUCCCAGCCAGCAGAGUCCUGCAGCGGCCCGCUGAGCAGCGCCGCCUUCAUCCUGCCUCACCGACCGAGUAACAAGGAGACCUGCAACAGCUCUGAGGACGAGUCCCGCUGGGUGGAGGACCUGAUGAAGAUGCACACGGCUCGGGUCAGAGAUGUGGAGCUGCUCACAGGACUGGACCUGUACCGAAGAACCGGCCGCAGCUACGCCGAGAUCCUCUCCUUAAAAACAUACAUGCACACGUAUGAGAGUGAGAUCUGACCUCUGACCUCUGCUGCUGUGGGGAACGGAUGUGGAACCAGGAAGUCCUCCGUGGACCAGCAGCGCUGCUUUCAUCUCCAUCCGGUUUCAUCCAGUUCACUGAGCCUCCUGCUGGGAUGAAGAAGUAAAUCCUUCAUCUGCCUGCUUCAUGCGGUCUGACUGGUUCUAUCUGAGGGAUUUUUCAGCCUGACAGGAAAUCAGCUUUUUAUGUUUCUGGUUCCUCUAAUGGGAUCAGUGGAGGGCCACUGAUUUAACAAGGGGCGUGAUUACUUUUCCACAGAUUGGUUUGGAUGCUUCAAUAAUGAAAUUAUUAAUUAACA